AUGCCCAGCGAGAUCAUCAGCUCGUGCUUCGCGAAGGCCAAACAGCUGCAAGUAACCGGGGGUUUCGUCAAGCUGGAGCGUGGCUUUGCAACUGUCCCUCUUCCUGGCAUCGAUGCGCCUCGCUGCCUCUGGGCCGGCGUCAUACUUCAGAACAUACCUCUUGAAGAAGAUCAACGCCGCGCAUCUCAAGAGUUUGCUACGUACCUCGGGCUCAUAGUGAGUGCUUGA